AUGUUGUACGAUCUGAACAUACCUUGUCCAUCAGGGCAGCAAUUAGAUCAAAAGACUGUGAAUAAACUCAAGCUAAGUUUGUCACGGCUGACACAACUCAGUCCAUACACAGUCGCUUUAAACCAAACAGUCGAAGCAAGCAAUUUGAGUAGAAUUACAUUAAAAAAAAUAGAUACAUCAGCCUUCUCAGAUCAAUCAACGCUAAACUCUAGAUACCCUUUGCAUUUAUUACACCGCAUCACAAUUACAACAAAUGAAUCUUUGAAAGAACUUGAAUUUUCGAAAUUCAAACAAUCCUACGAUUUAGUGGCCGUUCGAACCAACAAUUUGGCAGUUUUCAAAGAAUGUUGCGAGAUUUAUGAUAUUGAUAUUAUUGCUUUAGACUGCACAGAACGACUGACGUUUGAACUCAACCCAUCAGAUAUUACAAAAGCCAUGAGUCGAAAUGUUUACUUUGAAUUAUGUUACUCAAAUGCUAUUCGCGAUCAUCAGCAGGCCAGAUUACUGACACUGCAACUAGGAAAACAGCUAGCAGAGUACACAAAAAAGGGGCAGCAUUUGAUCAUCUCUAGCGAAGCAGAAAGUGUAUCCGAGUUACGAUCUUCUGGAGAUAUAUUCUAUUUGUACGUUGAAAUUGAUUUUAACCAAACUGUCUGA